CCGAGGGUCACGCGGAGCGUUUUCCUUCCCCGCUUUGAGGGAUGCUGCAAAAAGGAAAAGAAAGGUCCGCUUAGUUUCAGCUCCGCUUCCUUCUCUCCGCCCCGGGAAAGGCAGCAGGGCUUGGCUGUCAUAAUUCAAAAGGUAUUCUGUCCCUGGAAGUGGAGGUUCCACUGGUAGAGCUCACUGCAUGUUGCUUGGGGGGGCAGAGGGGGGGAUACGUCCUUGCAAUUUUGAUGCCCAUCCAAGCUGCCAGCUUUCGGCAACGAACUGAGACCUGGGCUAGAUCAGUCGGUAGAGCAUAGUCAUUCUUAAUCUCAGGGUCGUGGGUUCGAGUUUUGCACGUUGGGCAAAAGAUUCCUGCACGGCAGGGGGUUGGACUAGAUGACCCUUGGGUCCCUUCCAGCUCUACAGUUCUGUGAUUCUAACAGUUUGAAAUUGCACCAAGAGCCCAGUCGCUCACCAAGAGCAGCGGCGCCUAGCACUCCCUUCCUGCUGAGAUCAUGCAGGGGCCUUCGCUGUUCUCUUUUUGGCACCUGCUAAAAAAAACCCCACUCCUAUUUGGACAAGUCUCCCCAGAUGCUUAGAAACUUUUAAUCUGCUUUUUUGUAUUUUUACUUUUGCAUGUUUUGAAGUAAGGGUUGUAAUUCCCCCUCCCCUUCAUUUUACUGUGCUAUCUUUUGUAAACCGCUUUGAGGGAUUUCAAACAACAACAACAAUCAAGCAAGCGGUGUAUAAAUCUUAGGAAAUAAAUAAGUGUUUGGUGCUAAGAAGUAAUUUGUUUUGUUUGGGCUGAGUCUUCUGCCUAUCAGUUUCACUGGAUGACUCCCAAAUCCUCGUUUUAGCAGAGAACUUUUCUCGCUCUCUCUCGCUCUCUGCUUCCCUACACCUCUCUUCCUUCAAACAUUUCGGUUUUCCCUCAUAGGGUGAUGUUUUCAAUGCAAAAUUUCCAGAAUUGCAUGAAAGUGUCUAAGUGUGCCUGCCGACUCUUUUGCGUUCCAUGUUUCUCAUCAUGGGUAGGUGUCUUCUCAGUUUUGCACAAGGCAGCAAAUAGAGAGUAGAGCCUGGAAUAUAAUAAAUUUCCACCAAGGCUUCCUACUAGGCUGGAAUAUGAAACUAGGCUUAAUAGUGCAAGUUUAUUCCACACUUUAUUCAGUUUUCUUAGGCUGCCCUCCUUGUGUUUAUUUACCAGGAAGUAAGUUCUAUUGAACUCCGGGAGACUUCCUUCAGAGUUGGCAUGAUAGGAUUGCACUGUUAGCCUGUCUCCCUCUACAGAGGGAGGACUGGUCAUACAGUCCUUUGAAUUCCAUAAACUUCGUCUUCAGUUAUUAACGUGUGACAUUCUGUGUUAACUGUGAAUUGACGGAGAAAGUGAAUUUAUUCAUUUAUUUAUUUUGAAAGUGGGGGGUUUAUACAAGCCAAUGUAUCACCAUUCUUUGACGCACUUCCUUUUGAUAGGAUGGAGAAAAAGAAAAUUGUAAUGAAAUCCAACACGGCUGCUUCCAACCUACUGAGAACCUUACAUUCUCUCUAUCAGUUUGGCCACUUCUGUGAUGCAAUAAUAUACACAGACCAGUUUGGCAUCCAGGAGGAGUUUUUCGUUCACAAAGUCGUAUUGGCUGCUUCAAGCAAUUACUUUAGAAGCCUGUUCCUCACCGAUGAGAUGCUGAAAGCCAGAGAUUGUCGGGUGACUCUCCAGGGUGUUCACACUGAAGAAUUUGUCUGCUUCCUAAAGUUUGCCUACACAACAGAAGUAGAAAUUGAAGAGGACAAACUGCACCGAAUAAAGGAGGUAGCCGAAAGACUUGAAUGCCAAGAUCUGCUUGAUGUUUUUGAAGAAAUGAAGGCUGCAGGAGAAGAUUUGGAUCUGGGUGUUCAUUCAGAAAGACAUGAAGGCGGUAGGUCUGUCUGCAGUAAAACAAAACAAGUAGAAAACAAGGAACAGAGUGCUUCGUCCCGAAUUUUGGCAGCGCCCAUGAAGAGACAGCUUUGGGACCGAAAGAAGCACACAAAACUGACUGCCGUCUAUGAUGGUAAAGCUGGCCGUUCUGACAAAUAUGGUGUUGUGUUUGAGGGACCCAAAGACAGCACAGCAGCGUCAACUGGAUGUAAUGAAAUAGACAUGCACGGCGCUCAUACUAUGAAGAAUGUCAGCCCGCCGGAAAAUAAGGCCAGCCACCUGUCACUAAAUCAGGUGGACUCAAAGGAAGCCUUCCUUGUUACAAGCAAGAUACUACCCGGCCAGGAGGAGGAUGAAAACGGCUUGAAUCUUAGCGAAACCAAACUCAGGAAAUCGCCGCGCAAUAUAUCGAAAGGCUUGCCCCAAAUAUACACGUGUGACAAAUGUUGUCAUUCCUUCCAUUUUGCCAAGCAGUACCGGUCGCACAUGGAACAAGAACAUGACGCAGAUCUGGUGGUUCAAUAUAGCUGCGAUAUGUGUGGCCAACUCUUUCCCAGUUGCCAGGACCUAAGGCAACAUAGGCUGACCGUUCACAAUGAUGAAAAGCAGUUCCCCUGCUUGUUGUGCGACAAAAGGUUUAAGUGCCAGAAAGACAUCAGCCAUCAUAUGCGGAGAGUGCAUGAGAAGAAAAAGAAUCCUCAGAGGUGUCCCUACUGUGACAAAGUGAUCAGCUCUAAAUGCGGCUUGACGGUUCACAUUCGAACACAUACGGGAGAGAAGCCUUAUAAGUGCGGAGGCUGCGCGGCAAGUUUUGCUCAGAGAUCUGCCUUCACUACUCAUGUAAGGUAAAGUCUUUGUCCAUUUCAGAAUAUUGGGAGAUAGUUUUCCGCCUUCAUCUCUUUGCUGUUAGAAAUUUUAUCCAGAAGCGAAUAGAAGUCUGCCAGGUUUAGAGGAUUUGCUAUAGGAUUUGCUUUAGAGCCAGUGUGGUGCAGUGGUUAAGAGCGGUGGACUCGUAACCUGGUGAACCGGGUUCGCUUCCCCGCUCCUCCACAUGCAGCUGCUGGGUGACCUUGGGCCAGUCACACUUCUCUGAAGUCUCUCAGCCCCACUCACCUCACAGAGUGUUUGUUGUGGGGGAGGAAGGGAAAGGAGAUUGUUAGCCGCUUUGGGACUCCUUAAAGGGAGUGAAAGGCAGGGUAUCAAGUCCAAACUCUUCUUCUUUUUCUUAAAAAAAAAAAAGGUAAAGGACCCCUGACAGUUAAGUCCAGUCGCGAACGACUCUGGGGUUACAGUGCUCAUCUCGCUUUACUGGCUGAGCGAGCCGACGUUUGUCUGCAGACAGUUUUUCAGGGUCAUGUGGCCAGCAUGACUAAGCCGCUUCUGGCAAAACCAGAGCAGUGCAUGGAAACGCUGUUUACCUUCCCGCCGGAGUGGUACCUAUUUAUCUACUUGGACUUUGACGUGCUUUCGAACUGCUAGGUUGCCAGGAGCUGGAACUGAGCAAGGGGAGCUCACCCCCUCGCGGGGAUUAGAACCGCCAACCUUCCGAUCGGCACGCCCAAGGCUCAGUGGUUUAUACCACAGCGCCACCCGCAUUCUUCUUGUUAUUGCAGUGCUAUUAUACAAGCAUAUUCAAAGUUACAUUUAGACAGUUCUAUCAGUGUAAAAGUAUUUGCUGCAUGGCUUCCACAGCCAGUCUGUGAAGCUUACAGGCAGCACAAUAAACUUUUCUUUCUUCCUUUUAUAGCCUGGACAACGUGUGGCUCAGCAAACCAAACAGCCACAGUCAGAGAAACAAAGGUGCUGUGCUCCUCAGUUUGCUCUCCUUGUCAGCCAGCUCAUACAAACUGCCUUGGAGUUUUUAUGCCCUGUGCGUUGCUAGGGGUGAUUAUUAUUGUCAGACUUUAUACUUGGCUGCUGCUGCUCAGAACAAGAUUAUGAAAUGAUGCUUUACAUCACAGUCCAUUGCAUCUCUUACUCAGAAGCAAACCCCACUAAGAUCAACUGAAUUUACUCCCAGGAAUGUAUUCUAGAAUUGCAGGCUCUGCGUUUAACUUUGCCUUCAUGAUGUGUAUUUGUCAAUUUCCAUUUUAUUUUACUAAGCUUUUCUAUCCCACCUUUCUAGAAAAAGAAACCUAUCCAAUGCAGCAGACAGGUCCAACCAAUACAUCAAAACUUACCAGUUUUUAAAACGAAAACAAAGUUAAGAUGGUAAAGGUAAAGGUAAAGGGACCCCUGACCAUUAGGUCCAGUCGUGACUGACUCUGGGGUUGCGGCGCUCAUCUCGCUUUAUUGGCCGAGGGAGCCAGCGUACAGCUUCCGGGUCAUGUGGCCAGCAUGACUAAGCCGCUUCUGGCGAACCAGUGCACGGAAACGCUGUUUACCUUCCCGCCGGAGCGGUACCUAUUUAUCUACUUGCACUUUGAUGUGCUUUCGAACUGCUAGGUUGGCAGGAGCAGGGACCGAGCAAUGGGAGCUCACCCCGUCACAGGGAUUCAAACCGCCGACCUUCUGAUCGGCAAGUCCUAGGCUCUGUGGUUUAACCCACAGCGCCACCUGCGUAGCAAACAGUAACUAAAUAUCAUACCUGGAAAUGCCUGCUGGAAAAAAAAUCUUAGAAUAGCACCUAGUGAUGGGGGCAGCAAUAUCCUAUGCAUUUUGACUUAGAAGUAUGUCCUACUUAGGUCAUUGGGGCUUACCCCAUAGAAAGGAGGUUAGGAUUGUGGCCUUAGAUGCUUUUCAGUCGAAUUUGCCCUUGUAUGAAUAUAUGGAUUAUUUGUGUAUCUACUAUAGCCUGCGGGAAAUUGUAUCUAAUUUACAGGUGGCAUUACUUUUUUUCCCCCCAACAGAAAAAUACAUGAAUCGGGACAAGACAGGAAACUCAGUCCAGAUUACUGGAUGAUAACCCCGCCAACAAAAAAAGCAGAUGUUAUAGAUAGCAAAGUUGAUAAGAAUAGCAAAACAUACCCAAAGGUACCGAACAGCGACUUGCAAAGAGAACCUGUGGAUGAAAAAACUCGAGAGCUUGAGGGAGAAUCCAGGAAUCCUCCUCCUUUGGAAGCAGAGUCUGAGAGGAAAGAGGAAAGUCAGGAGCAACGUGGUGAUGCUGAUGUUCCAAGAGAAAAACCAGAUGGACACAAUACUUUGGCUGCAGAAGACUGUGUAAAAGGAGAAAGGGACUGUGAAACAGAAGGAAGGGGCAGGGAAGAGAAUGAGGCAGUCUCUUCCGAAGACAUCGAUGAGAAUUCAGAUGAUCAAGACGCUGAAGAAAGCAAAUCGGACGCCGGUUGCAAAGCGAGGGGCGUUGUGAACAAAAACGAGGGAGCCAAAAAAUCGGCCUACGUUAUAACGUGUACCAAAUGUGUGGAGAAGUUCGUCUCGCGGAAGAAAUACACUGACCACUGCAAAAACGUCCACCAUUCUGUGCCUGGUAAAAUUUAUCAGUGUGACGUUUGUAGCAAGUCCUUUGCGAGUUACAACAGCUGGAAGGAGCACAGGGCGAGCGUCCACACGGACGACAGGCAGUUUUCCUGCACCCUCUGCAACGCCACUUUUAAAAGGAAAAGGGAUGUGAGGACCCACUAUAUGCGGAAGCACGAAGGAAGAGUGAAGCGUCCCCUUUGCUCUGUCUGCGGGAAGAUCUUGAGCUCAAGAACGGCGCUAGUGUUUCACAUGAGGACCCACACAGGCGAGAAGCCGUACCAGUGCAGCAUUUGUUGUUCGAGAUUUGCUCAGCCAUCCCAGCUCAAGAUUCACACCAGGUAAGCCUGUUUUUUGUCUGGCGCAUGCCAUUUUGUGGUAUUUUUACAAAAGUGUGGUUUAUAUUUAUCUAAAUAAAUAAAAACUAAAACCCCUCAGCAUUCCAGCUGAGGGCUAGUGGAAGUUGGCAUCCAAGAACGCUUGGAGACUCGAAGGUUCUCCCAUUCCAUCUCAAAUUAUCCUGUACUGAUUUUUUAAAUUUUAUUUUAAUUAAGUCUCCUGUUAUUGGUUGUACUCUAAAGCAGACAUAGGCGAACUCCAGCCCUCCAGAUGUUUGGGACUACAAUUCCCAUCAUCCCUGACCACUGGUUCUGUUAGCUAGGGGUGAUGGGAAUUGUAGUCCCAAACAUCUGGAGGGCUGGAGUUUGCCUAAGCCUGCUCAAGAGGAAUGAGAAAUCUGACUUUUUCUUAUUUGACAACUCUAUCUUUGAUACUUUUUUUUGCUGUAGCCAUAGAAUCGUAUAGCCAGAAAGUGCCUGAAGAUCAUUUAGUCCAAGUCCCCAGGCUAUGGCAGGAGUCAUUUCCCGAGAAGUUCUCUGCCGCUUGCCUUGGGUGGUGGCAGGGAGGUGAGGGAGAGGGGUGGAAUACUGGCAAACUAUCUGUAAUAUUUACUAAGCAGGACAUGUCACUCUUCACAUGUUUUGUCAGCGUUUUCAUAUUUCUUUGACUGCAGGUCCCAUACAGGUGAAAAGCCAUACAUCUGUGAGGAUUGUGGAGCUUCCUUUGUAGAUAAAGGCAAGCUUACUGGCCACAAGAGGACACAUACAGGUAUAAUAAUAAUAAUAAUAAUAAUAAGUUUCCCCAGCCACUCUGGGCGGCUCCCAAUCAAAUGUUAAAAACAGUACAGCAUUAAAUAUUAAAAACUUCCUUGUAUAGGGCUGCCUUCAGAUGUCCUUUAAAGAUAGGAUAGCUGCUUAUUUCCUUCACAUCUGAAGGGAGGGUGUUCCACAGGGUGGACGCCACUACCGAGAAGGCCCUCUGUCUGGUUCCCUGUAACCUCACUUCUCGCAAUGAGGGAACCGCCAGAAGGCCCUCGGCGCUGGAUCUCAGUGUCCAGGCUGAACGAUGGGGGUGGAGACGCUCCUUCAGGUAUACAGGUAAGCGUUUAAAUCCAGUCCUUGGAUGUGGCAGAGGUUAAUGCCUAUCCGUGCAUAUUGAUUUAUUCUGAUUACAAUCCUGCAUUGCUGGGGGUUGCGCUAGAUGACCGUUGGGGUCCCUUCCAACUCUACAAUUUUAUGACUUUUCAUGAAUUACAGAUAAGUAGUUGAAAAGGAUGAUGGUGAGGGAGGUUACCAGAUUUCCUGUGAGGCAUAACUCUUAAGCUGCCUCUCAUUCACUUACUCUAGCCUGUUCUAUCGGGUCGAACUACAUGUUACACUGUGAUCAGGAAUAAGACAGAACACACAUUUCUACACUCUCCACAAAUGGCCACCUGCCCAGGGCUUCUGUGGCAUUGACCACACAGAAAAAGAUGUGUAACUGUUGCAGCAGAGGCUUAAAGGAUCAUAUACCCCAGGAGCAGAAAGGGAGGCAACUAUUCUUGGGAAGGUAGAGAGUGUAGAAGAGACCUCCUAGACCAGGGAAGGGGAAUGUGUGGCCCAUCAAUGGAAGUAGAUCGCAAAUGUGUGUCUAUGCACUGUGCGACGACGGCCACACGGAUGCUCCUAGCCCAGAGAUGGAAAGAAGACAAAGUCCCUACCAGAGAGGAGUGGCAAACUAAGCUGUUGGAGUACGCUGAAAUGGCAAAACUGACCAGAAAGCUCAGGAACCAAAAAGACCAAAUCUUUAAUAAAGAAUGAGGGAAAUUUAUACUGGUAGAGCACUGUAAGCAGAUGAAAAAAUUAGCAGGAUUGCAAUAAUAAUAAUAAUAAUAAUAAUAAUAAUAAUAAUAAUAAUUUAUUUGUACCCCGCCCAUCUGGCUGGGUUUCCCCAGCCACUCUGGGCAGCUUCCAACAAAGAUUAAAAAUACAUCAAAAUGUCACAUAUUAAAAACUUCCCUGAACAGGGCUGCCUUCAGAUGUAUUCUAAAUGUCAGGUAGUUGUAAUGUAGCAAAUGUAGCAAAUUUUAUGGACAAAAUGGAGAGACAUAAAAUAUGGAUUACUAAACAAUAUGCAGUUGAAAAGGUUGACAAUAGGACCCAUGGAGGGGAAGUCCAGAGAUUCAGAGAAAUCUCUAAAUAUGGAUAUGUAUUUUGUAUUGUUAUAAUUCUAUACUUCUAAAUUCAAAUAAAAAUUAUUUCUCUCUCUCUCACACACACACACACACUGGCCUUUCUAGUGUCCCACUGAAUACGUAGCUGUUCAAAGGUUGUUGGGACACCCAACUGCUGUCCCGGGCCCAGAGUGGGGUAAAAAGUAAAUAAACAAAUGGCAUCCCCAGGCGGCCUAGCCAAUGCUCAGGGAUGAUGGGAAUUGUAGUCCAACAACAUCUGGAGAGGCUUCCCAUCCCUGGACGUUCUUUGGACGUCUCCUGCGGGUGAUCAUCAGCGUAGGUAACGGUCAGUAACAUAAUUCUACCACCAUUCAUUUCCUUUGCAGGAGAGCGUCUGUUCAAGUGUGAUGUCUGUGGAAAACAUUUUUCUACCAACGAAUACUUGAAAUGCCAUAAGCGCUGCCACAUGGGAGCCAAGCCAUACAAGUGUGAUGUGUGUGGGAAAACGUUUGGACUGAGGGCCUCAUUAGCCCAACACAGUAACGUUCAUGCAGGUAAUAAAUCCCUUCCCAGUGGGGGUGGAGGAGAUGGAUCGUGUUGAUGAAAGUCUCUGCCACAUGCAGCGUUCAUUCUGUGCAAGUACAGCGUAAGAAUCCAGAAUCUGUCCCAGACCACAGUUGGCAAUGUGCCUUGCAUAUUUAUUAAAAUAUGAUGCAAGAAUCGUCAUGUGGAAAUACUACCAUAUUUUUCGCUCUAUAAGACGCACCAGACCACAAGACGCACCUAGUUUUUGGAGGAGGAAAACAAGAAAAAAAAUAUUCUGAAUCUCAGAAGCCAGAACAGCAAGAGGGAUCGCUGCGCAGUGAAAGCAGCAAUCCCUCUUGCUGUUCUGGCUUCUGGGAUAGCUGCAAAGCCUGCAUUCGCUCCAUAAGACGCACACACAUUUCCCCUUGCUUUUUAGGAGGGAAAAAGUGAGUCUUAUAGAGCAAAAAAUACAUAUUUAAAUAUGAUACAAGAAUUGUCAUGUGGAAAUAGUUCGUUAGUUAAAUACUUUCAGUACAAUUUAUGUUCUAAGCAGGAGAUCGUUACAUGUGUACAUGAGCUAGGGUGCUCUGGGCUAAAUUUCAAACUUUAUUUCAUUCCAGGCAAAGGGGGACAAUGUAUUUCCUUGAGAGUCAUUGAAAAUUAAAUAGAUCUGUGUGCUCUAGCUUCCCCAAAUGCUCACCUUUCAGAACCUUGAAUUCUUGUUGGGUAUUUGUAAAACGUUGACAACCGCAAAAAACUUGGGUUUCCCAUUUUCCCUACUUGGCAAUAUCUUUCCUUGAUGAAAGCCAAGUUGUGUAGAGUCCGUGGGCAAGCAGCUUCACCACUGCACAGAUCUCUCAUAGCUUCCAAAAGAUGGACAUAUUCACAGUUUACCCUGAUGAGAACCUGCAGUGUUCAGAAAUAGCAUGGGGGGGGGGGGGAUGAGGCCUAUUUCCAGCAGCAGAGGGUAGUUCUGUAAGUAGAACUGAUCAUGUGAAAACCACAAAGAGGAACCCAGCUUUUCCGUGUUGUUCUCCUGCCAUAGUAGUGCCCUCAAGGCAUCAGUCGCAUUCAUGCCUUACAUGAAAAUCACUCUUAUCCCAGUCAUGGUUGUGAAUCCUGGGAACUGUAGCGCUGAGAGUUGGAAAUCCCUUACAGAGUUAUGAUUCUCAGCUUUGCUGUUUAACAGCUGCUGUGUCUGUUGGCUUCUUUCUCUCUCCUGUUUCGAACUUACCGUAUUUUUGCUCCAUAAGACACACCUGACCAUAAGACGCACCUAGUUUUUAGAGGAGGAAAGCAAGAAAAAAUAUUUUGAAUGAAACAGUGGAUGUAUGGUUUUUGUGGUUCAUGCUGUGGCCACAGACAUGUGAUUUGACGGUGAAUUUGGGGUGAUCCAAUGCAAAAAUCCUGAGAAUCCAUGUUGAUCUGUGCUUUGUAACCACGUUUUUGCACCAUUGUGGCCCCACAAAACAGUGGAUGCGUGUGUGUUUUGGUGCAGGCUGUAGCCAUGGACAUGCUAUGUGAUCUGAUGGUGAAUUUGGGGUGACCCAAUGCAAAAAUCCUGAGGAUCCAUGGGCUUUUACCUCCCCCCUCCCAGGCAGCCUCCUUUAUCUCUGCGUCCCUUAUCUCUUUCCCCGAUCACUUGCCGAUCAGUUGCUUCCUUUCAACACCCCCUUGCCUCUUAUUUGCCUUAGUGUCUUUUCCUUAGCUGGAGCAGUUUUUUGCUCCUCCUUUUCUUCUAAUUUCUCUCCUUAUUGCUUUAGCCUUUCUGUUUCCCCCCUUUGCAAGUUUGUUGUCUUUACCUCCCCCCUCCCAGGCAGCCUCCUUUGUUGCUAGCGUCCCUUAUCUCGCUGCCAAUCGCUUGCUGAUCAGCAGCUUUAACACCCACUUCCCUCUUUCAAAAAAAAAAAAGCAUGAUCUGCUUUUUGCCCCUGGGCAAUUUGGCUCCAGGGACCACACAUUCGCUCCAUAAGACACACAGACAUUUCCCCUUACUUUUUAGGAAGAAAAAAGUGUGUCUUAUGGAGCGAAAAAUACGGUACUUUGUUUUCUGAUACCAGUAUGUGUUUACCUUACAAGCCACUAAGUAGACCCAAAAUGGGUCUCAAGUUGAGAGAGAAAUAAGAUUUUGUAAAUACACCCCAACAUUUGUGAGGUCUGUUUUGUUUUCUCAGAGACUCCUCCUUAUUUCUGUGAGCAGUGUGGAAAGACCUUUACUCAGCAAGGAGCCCUGAGGCGUCACCAGCGUAUUCACACUGGAGAAAAACCCUACAAGUGCAGGGCCUGUGAAAGGACCUUCACAGAUCUGUCUACCCUGAGAAGGCAUGUCCUGGUAUGUUCUCCAGUUUGCCCCAUUCAUUUUAAUAGGGAUGGGCAGGCAAACAAGCUUAAUACUCUUUGAGUAUAAAAAAUAUUUGCCAUGAUCUUUAAAAGGCUUAGAACACCCAUGUAGUAAAUUGCUUUGGUGUCUGUCUAGGGGCAAAUUUAAUGACAGAGCCUUUAAUCCCAGAGGGGCCUUUAGUCCACAUUGCUUUGUUUUUUAAAAAAUUGGCCUAGUUAGGCACAGUUUAAGUUGCAUGACUCAAAUUGAUUAUUAUUACUUUAUUGUUUUAGAAGGUCUUUAUGAUUGCUCUAAUCAGGUCAGAACUUGAAUAACAACAGUAUUUUUUUGUCUUGUUUUCUUCCCCUGCUAUAGGUACACGAUCGGAAUGCUCACUGGAGGACUUUCUUAAUAGAUCUUACCAUCAAAAAGGAUCACAACUGGUCCAAAAUAGAGCCUUUUUCUAAUAUCCGUAUGGGAGAGGACUCUAAUCUGGCUUGGUCCGACGGCCAAAGUAAACUUUAUAAACCAGAGAGCACCAGUGUAAAAAAAGCGGAACACAUAUCAUGUGGUAGUAGUAAUGCCAGAGAUCCUGACCAUUCCCUUACGUAUUUAUAACUCUGUACAGUGAAGGCAAAAUGCAGCCGUAAAACAUUUUGCAUCUCUCUCAUGUGCCCCUUAUGGGGGAGCAUCCUCCAUUUGCCUACAAGUUCUACAGAGAAGACACACUAAGAGUUCAGCAUCUUCAGAGCUGAGAGGCAGCCACUGGGCAGCGUAGACAUUGUUGUGGAAUUGCUUGUGAAUGGGUCAUUUCUUAGUAGCUUGGAUGCUGGCUUCGCUAAUAGCUAUUUAGGAGUCAGAAGAGAUGCUUUCAGAGCUCACCAUGAGUAGAUAUGGUGAGAUAUGCAGAACUAGCACAGCUGGCUUCAACAGCAGUACAGAAGCAUCUUCAUAAGUUUUAAAAAAAUCAAGGCCCUUUUUCGGGCUGCUUUUAUAAUACUGCCAAGGAGGCUGUGGGCCGUGUUCGAUUCCAAUAGAGGGAUGUCUCUGCUCAGAGAUCCAUAAGAUCUUUGCAAUGUACCUAUGUGGGGACAGGCUCCGUGGUUCUGGCGCUGAGAGGAAUAGCUCUGAACUACUAGAAGUGCUCUUUAUUAUUCUCAUUUCAGUUUUUAAAGAAAUGGCAUGGGCAAAGAUGGGAAAGAGCUAUGCUUAAUGCGGGUGGUUAAAGCCGGGAGUCGCAGAGGCUAAGACAAGGCCAAUAAGGCCCCUCCAAACUGGUAAAACAAAAUAUUAAAAUAACAAAAGCAGUUUAGUGCAUGUAAGUAUAGGGUGAUGCACACUGAGGCAAAACACUUCACGUUGCACUUUUGGGGUGUGAUCUGGUGUUGACUGACCAGAAAUGAGAUACUGGUGGAUAAACUCAAUGAAAAGUGUGCAGCAGCAGGGAGGCAAAUAGAAUAGAAACACCCAAUAUCAUUCAUGUAUUUUAUACAAAUCUUUGGGGCAGGCACACUUGGAAUACUGUUUACAGUUCUGCAUUGUGAAAAGAAUAUUGUGGAACUGGAGAACGUGCAGAAAAGGGCAACCCAAAUGAUUGUGAGGCUGGAGCAGCUCCUCUGUAAGGAAACAUUGCAAUAUUUGGGGCUUUUUUGUUCAGAAAACAGGAUAGGGGGCAUAUGAAAGAGGGGCAUGUGGAGAAUAAUACUAGAGCCAUCCCAUGAAGACGCAGGACAGACUAAAAGUGGGUAUUUCUUCACACAGCACGUUGUUCAAUUACAGAAUUCUCUCCCACAAGUUGUAGUAAAAGCCACCGAGUUAGAUGGUUUUAAAGGGGAUUGGACCAUUUUAUGGAGGAUAAGUCUCAAGUGGCUACUAGUCAUGAUGGCUGUGUGCCGUCUCCAGGAUCAAAUACUGUGUACCACCUCCAUGUCUUUGAAUACCAGCUGCUGAGGAAACAAGAUAAGAAAAUAACUUACGUUCUGGUUGUGGGCUUCCCAGGGUUUGACACUGUGGCAAAGAGGAUGUUAGGUGGGUUCCUGGUCUUACCUAGCAGUGCUCUUGUUCUUAAUAGAUGAAAUUGCUUUCUACUUGUACUGUUACUCUUUGAACUUAACAGUGAUUGGAGCCAGUAUGAAAAAGGGCAAUUGCCCUCAAAUGUGAGGCAGGGAAAUAAAGUGAGGUUGUGGGGAAGUAACUGUAUUGUAGGGGAGGUAUUUGAUGUGGAGCAGACGCACACCGUGUUUACAACACAUUCCUUCCCUGCCAAGAAUCCCGGAAACUGUAGUAGUAGAGCUACAAUUUCCAGCACCCUUAUAAACUAUGGCUCCCUGGAUAUUGGAGGGUGGAUGUGUGCUUUAAAUGUAUGGUGUGUAUACACAACCAGAGAAAGGGCUGGAUUCCUUCAGGUUCGUUGAAUGUUACCUUCAGCCUUCUCAGUUUCAGAGAAUGAAAGGAGGAGCUGCAGGAAAAGCCGCUCAGAACAUUUCACAUUGACGUGUGGGAAAUCCAGACUGCAUGGACCAUUAGCACUUGCUAAUAUGCUGAACAGAACAAGUUUGAUUUUUAAAAAGACCACGUGUAAAGAUUUGCUAGAGGGACAUUCAGAAACGGCCUGAGACCAACAGACUCGAAAACUGUCCAUCUCUUAAGUGUAUUUGCUAUUUUAUAACUGUAGCUGAGGAUAAAAUUUCACACCUGUUUAGGGAUGUUUUUAAUGUUUGAUGUUUUAUCGUGUUUUUAAUAUUCUGUUGGAAGCCACCCAGAGUGGCUGGGGAAACCCAGCCAGAUGGGCAGGGUAUAAAUUACUAUUAUUAUUAUCCUGUUAUCAUUUGUGCUACCUGUUUAUAGGCCUGCUGCUUUGUAAAUGUCGUAGCUUUCCACAAUAAAUAGUCAUUUCAUAUGGUUUGCUCUGAAAUGUAUAUAUGCCUUUUUGUACUAAAGAUAAUGGCCCUCCCUGCAUGACCAAAUGGUGCGACUUGAGCUGUGAAACUGGAGCUUAUAGCUCAAAAUUCAACUGGAGAGCAUGUUGGCCCCCUGGUUUUAGCUGGAUUAUUAUUUUUAUUUUAUCGGUUUUAGCUGAUUUAUUUUAUUAUUAUAUUAGAUUUAGCUGGAUUAUUAUUAUAGUCAUACCUUGGGUUGAAUGUGCUUCAGGUUGAGUGCUUUUGGGUUGCACUCCGCGGCAACCUGGAAGUAACAGAGCGCGUUACUUCUGGGUUUUGCCGCUUGCGCAUGUGCAGACGCUCAAAAUGACGUCACGCACGUGCGCGGAAGCAGCAAAACGCGACCCGCGCACGCGCAAUCACAUCUUACGUUUCAUUCAGG